UGUCACAAGUCAGUUGUUUCCUGUCGGCUUGUUUAUGUGAACGUACCAGUCUCGCCCAUUCACAAAUAUAACGAAAGAGAUUCAGGUCAGAUCAUGGAGUUUGCAGAGCUGAUUAAGACCCCCAGGGUGGACGGGGUGGUCUUACAUCGGCCUUUUAUGCCCACUGUGGAGGGAACUCUGUGUUUGACUGGCCAUCACCUGAUUCUCUCCUCCAGACAGGACAACACAGAAGAGCUGUGGCUGCUUCACUCAAACAUUGACUCUAUAGAGAAAAGAUUUGUAGGGUCUCUGGGAACCAUCAUAGUCAAAUGCAAAGACCUGAGGGUGAUCCAGCUGGACAUCCCUGGCAUGGAGGAGUGUCUCAACAUUGCCAACUCUAUUGAGGCUCUGUCCACGCUUGAUAUACUCUCCCUGAUGUACCCUUUCUUCUAUCGGCCCAUGUUUGAAGUCAUAGAAGACGGCUGGAAAUCAUUUCUUCCCCUGGAUGCCUUUAAAGAUUUGGAGACGAUGACAGAUGAGUGGAGACUGAGUGAAGUCAACAAGGACUUCAGUGUGUGUCCAUCGUACCCUCCUCUGGUGGCAGUGCCCAAAGAUAUUGAUGACGACACGCUGAGGAAAGUAGCUAGCUUCCGUCACGGUGGCCGUUUCCCAGUACUGAGCUACUACCACAAAAAGAAUGGCAUGGUGAUGAUGCGUUCAGGGCAGCCUCUGACAGGCACCAACGGGCGGAGGUGUAAGGAAGACGAGAAGCUGAUCAAUGCCACCCUGCGGCCGGGCAAACGUGGCUACAUCAUUGAUACGCGCACAAUUAACGUGGCCCAGCAGGCCAAAGCUCGAGGUGGAGGGAUUGAGUCCGAGGCGAACUACCCCCAGUGGAGGAGGAUUCACAAGGCGGUCGAAAGAUCUAACGUCCUCCAGGAGAGCCUGAUAAAGCUGGUGGAGGCGUGUAACGACCAGUCGCACAGUAUGGACCGCUGGCUGAGCAAACUAGAGGCUUCCAACUGGCAGACCCACGUGAAGGAGAUCCUCACCACCGCCUGCCUGGCUGCUCAGUGCAUCGACAGGGAAGGGGCGUCAGUGCUGGUUCACGGCACAGAGGGGGCAGACUCCACCCUGCAGGUCACCUCUUUGGCUCAGAUCAUCCUGGAUCCGGCCUGCAGGACCAUCAGAGGCUUCCAGAGCCUGGUGGAGCGAGAGUGGCUCCAGGCGGGUCACCCCUUCCAGCAGCGCUGCGCUCAGUCGGCCUACUCCAACAGCAAGCCUCGCCAAGAGGCUCCGGUGUUCCUGCUCUUCCUGGACUGCGUGUGGCAGAUCCUGCGCCAGUUUCCGUGCUCAUUUGAAUUCAGCGAGAGCUUCCUGGUGCUGGUGUUCGAACACUCUUAUGCCUCUCAGUUCGGCACCUUCCUGGGCAACAGCACAGCUGAGAGAGCCAAACUGUCUCUGCCUGAGAAGACCGUGUCCCUCUGGUCCUGGGUGAACCGGCCCCAGGAGCUGGAGCGUCUGACCAACCCGCUCUACGAGGCCAACAGCCUGGUCAUCUGGCCCUCUGUGGCCCCCCAGAGCCUGCUGCUGUGGGAAGGAGUGUUUCUUCGUUGGAACCGCUCCUCCAAGUGUUUGGACGAGGCCUAUGAGGAGAUGGUUCAUAUCAUUGAAUACAACAAGGAGCUCCAGAACAAAGUGAACAGCCUGCGCAGGCAGCUGGCCCAGCUGGAGACGGAGGACCCUCUGCUGCAGACGCCUUAAAGAGGAGGAGAGAGGGAGGGAGGGGAGAGAAGGGAGAACGAGGUAGAAAAUGUGAAAACAUAACUAAACAGAUAACAGGCCAGUUAUACAUUAUUUUCACAUGUUUGAGAGUAUAUAAGUCAAACCAUUAUAUCUAGGAGAAUUUGUGCAUGAUUGAUGAUGGCACAUUUUGGUUUCCUAACAGAUGAAAAAUGCCUUAAACACAAAUUAAGAUUUUCCACUCAUGCAAUAAUCUUAUGUCACCCAGCUUACAUAACGGAAUAGACUGAAAUAGUGCCCUAAAGCAUUACAUUCAUAAAGCGUCAAUUUCAUGCUAAUUUAACCAUGUAUUGUCAUUUAAGUUAAGCGGGAGUGAGAGGGUAAGACACAGAAACAAAAAUCACAUAAUCUCAGAGUCCCCUUAAAUAGAUUGAAACAAUUAGUCUAUAAACCAAUCAGUCAAUCAUCCAAAAAAUAAUUGAAAGCUGUUUGAAUUUGCUGCUUUUCCAUGUCAUGAAUCACUGUAAAUGUAUUAUCCGUUGGUCAGGCAAGUAGAAGUUAUCUUGAGGUCUUGGACAUUUGUAAAGGCAUAUUUUUUCCCUUUUUGGCAUCUCAUUACCUAAAUGAUUUAAAAACAUAGUAAGAUUAAUGACAAUGAAACUACCUUCACUGAAUAAUUAGUGCACAGCUGUGUGUGCAGAAAAUAACUGAUCAUUCCCUAGGAAUUUCUGGGCAUUGUUGUUGUUCAUUAAUUUACUACAGGGUACUCGUUUUCACCAAACAUCCUGCUGAAUGUAUAUUCCACUAAAGCACUGCAGAGUAACUAUGGCAACAUAUAGGGUGCUAUAAGACGGCAUGUGACUGCUGCACGAUGAGAUGAUAUAAUAAGCGUAGGAAGGGUCAGCGCCUACUCUACUGUAUGUUAAUAAGGAUCUGACCAAAAUAUCUUGUGUAGUUAUAUGGUCAUUACGUGACAUUCCAGUGAGGAGCACAGCUGGAGGUAUUGAGAAAGACUUAUUUAACACAAGCUUAUACAAAUUUAGCAUUUUUUCAAACUCAGUGUGAGUAAUAUUAGUCAAAUAUGUUUGAAAGGUCUUGUUGUCACAGUGAUGCUGGCCAUGUUGGUCAAAUUAAUAUAAGCAAGACUUAACAGAGCUGAUGGAGGUUUAGAAUAUUAUUUUAAUUUCAUAUAUUACUUUAAAGACCAAUCUACAUUUUGGUUAUUUAAGUUAUGUUGUAAUUGUUGCUUUCAAGUACAUUCUCAAACUAAAAGCAUAUCAGCUGUUUUUAGUUCAUAACUAAUGUCAUGUGUGUUAAAGGCCUCAUCAAUAAUUAGGAAAAUAUAAUAUAUUUCUUGUAAUGAGCAUACUUUUUGUUGUCAGCUUGUCAGUACUCACCAGUUGAAAACAUUAGAAAGUAUAUGUAUUUUUAUUAUAACACAUUUAAAAAAACAAACAUGCCAAUAUAUCUAAAUGAUGUAAACUCAAACUGUAGCAGAUGACACAGACUUUAUCAAGGCUUUAUCCAAGUGAUCAUUUUCUCAACAAAUAAUUUGUGUCUGCAAAGUUACAUUACAGCUCGUCUUUCAAUGCUGUCCAUGGGUGAAGGUAGCCUCCUUAGCAUUAGACUAAUAAGAAAGCUUUUUGCUGCACUUUAAAUACAAAAAAAUACAAAAAAUGGCAGUUCUUAUGUUACAAAUCCACAGUGGUCAUCCUUGGCCAACUGUGUUUGUUUUGCCAGUAAGAUAUAUAUUUUUCUCUGCUGGUGGUCAUCUCAUCUUCAUACAUUUCAUCUAUUUUGCUUUAAGAAUUAUUUUAUAUUCACACUAAACACAACCGAUUCCAGCCACUACAUUAAGCUGCUUUGUAAAGGGAACGUUGUUUAAAGCUGCAUGUUUUCCUUCUGCCCGAAAAAGAGAACACCUUGCCUUCCAUUGCUUUGGUGUGUAUGAGUGGAACCAUUAAGUCAAGCUGAUGGUUAGAUUUACACUUUUACACAUUUCCUAUGCUUGCCAAUGUGAAUAAUGUUAUUGUUUAUUGAUUGUAGCUUUGCAACUAAACUCUACUGUGUUUGUGCAAUGCCUUACUGCAAAAUCAGAAUAAAAAAUAAGUAAUUGUAUUACUGCUGAUCAGUUGUUUGUAAAACUAUUAUUGUUUAAAAGAUUAAAUGUUUUUUUUAAGUUUUCAAGUCAUUAAACAUUAUAGCUCAA